ACCGUAGGUAGUGUUGUUGGUGCAGUGUUUGGAUCAGUUGCUGCACUGGCUGUUGCUGGAAUAUUAGUUUGGUGGACUGGCAGGAAAAAGAGGGGCAACAGGAAAGGCACUGAAGGUAAGUGUUGCAUACAUGUUAUGCUCUCAAAUGAUCACUAGUUUUGGCAUCCUAGACAUAGAUAUAUCUUUAAUACAAUUCUUUUCUUCUAGGACUAAGUACAAUCUUGCGUUCACUAUCCGCUGCAUCAUGAUCUUUGCUGAAGCGAUUUCUAUAUUUUUAACAGAUAACUUUUAUAACAGUGUAUUGUAAACUAAUAAUUUGUAUUUUUGUUAUCUAUUUUGUGGUUAGCUAGUUACAAUUAAAAGACCUCGCAUGACGUUGAACACUUUAAGACUCAACUUGAUGUACAUAAAACAGACAUGACUUUGCUUGUGAGAGAUAAAUUUUGGUUGAAGUUGGUUAUUUAUUGUAUUUUUUGUUUGUUUGUUUUGGUUUGCUUUUUAUUUUUCUGUUUGCUUCCUUUUUUUUUACCACAGAGGUGGCGAUGAGUGGAAGGUGAGAUUUUUUAACGAAUUGUUGCUCUCUACUCGCGUUGUUCCCUUAUGGCUCGAUCGUUUUAACAAUUUUAACAGCCCUGUUUUUUAUGUGAAUGUUUGUGAUUGAUCCAAGGACCACUAACUUCAAGGCACUCUUGCGCAACAGAGAUACCACUAUACACUUUUAGACAAUGAAUUUAGUAGUUAUCCCCUGUACAAUAAUUGACAUUUUAAUGAUCUGUAGAAAAACUGAAAAAAAAAAUUAACAACAACAACAACAAGAACAGCAGCAACUUUUAAGUGUAUGUAAGUUAAGUUUAUUAUCUUAUUAUCACAAAUAAGAAGAAGUUCAGGGCAAGUCUACCCUGCUCAUAAGGUCUGACUGUAGGAGGAGGGUACGGCUACAGGUAGGCUAUGACUGUAGCUGAGCCUUUAUCUGGUUUCCAGCUGCUUUUCUGACUGGACUAAGCUGUCUGGAAAGUUUUUCUGUAAUUUAGGAUUUUAAAGUUAGAGAGAAUUGGCUUUGUUUGGUAAUAUAUUUGAUUUGCUGUUUCAGAACAUUUGGACAUUCAAGUAACGAAACAAGAGGAAGUACCAAUGUAGGUUAUGCGAUGAAAUCUUAUACGUUCAUAUAUAGAGACAUUUUCCUGUAGUUGUAGCUGUAUUUUGUUUUUACGUUGCUCUCUUUACUGAGAGUCUUCCCAUCGUGGUUUACAGUUUACCCGAACCCAGAAAGUUAUGAUCGAUACAGAUUUUAAGUCGAUUAUUCAUUGCUAUUUUCAGAUAAGUCUAAGUAAAUAGUGGUUUAUUUUUCAUAAGACAGCUGGUUUGAAGAUUUGAAAUAGUUUCCAAGCAAGUUGGGUAGUUUAUCAUCUUUUAUUGAAUUGAAAACAAUUUUGUCUUUUAGAUUGCAGUUGAAUUGCCUAAACCUUCUCAAAGCCAUUACAUGGUACUGGCUGAGAGAACUCGUUCACAAGUGAUGGCAGAUGCCAGUCCGCUUAGCGCUGAACAAUUCAGUGAGUACGCUUCUCUUAACCCAUACACACGCUCCUGGGAGACUCCUAGAGAACAUGUGAUGAUAGAGCACAUUGUUGGAAAAGGUGCUUUUGGUCAGGUUGCCAAGGCAACAGCCGUUAACCUACAAGGAAGAGCCAAGAAGACGCUCGUAGCAGUUAAAAUGUUGAAAGGUACCAAGUCAUGUUUUACUUGGUCUUUGAACUGACUUAGAAGUCUGUCCAAAUUGCUCCGUUUUGUUUUAUAUUGUUUUAUUUUGAUUUUAAUUAUAUGCUUCUGCAUAAUUUCCAAGUUCCUGUUUAGAGUAAUCACACUCUAUAUGACCAGUCCACAGUUAUGUCUAUAGCUUGAAGCUUGUUCUACUUGAUGUAACGAUGGAAUUUUAAGAUGUGAUUUAAAUAAACCCCCUUUAAUAAUGGUUACAUUUUAGAGCCACGGCGCUUUACGUUAACGAAGAAAAGCACCUCAAAUAUGGUGUAUGAUAGAGUCGAAUCUAUCUAUCUAUCUAUCUAUCUAUCUAUCUAUCUAUCUGUCUGUCUGUCUGUCUGUCUGUCUAUUUGUAUGCCUGUCUAUCUAUCUGUCUAUCUAUCUAUCCAUCUAUCUAUCUAUCUGUCUAUCUAUCUAUCCAUCUCUAUCUGUCUAUCCGUCCAGCUAUCUGUAUAUCUGUCUCUAUCUGUCUAUAAAUCUGUCUAUGUGUCAGUCUAUCUAUCUAUCUAUCUAUCUAUCUACCUGUCUAUCUACCUAUCUACCUGUCUAUCUACCUAUCUACUGAUAGAUAGGUCUACGUUUACCUGUACUAUGCUACGGUUGAACGAUAUGAUUGUGAUUUAUUUGAAAUGUUAUUCAGCAAUGAUUGAUCGGAAAUCCUGUUGCAGAAAACGCUUCUGAAUCAGAGAGAAAGGAUUUGCUGGCUGAACUUGAAUUGAUGAAACAACUUAAACCUCAUCCUUACGUUAUCAAACUUCUGGGAUGCGUUACCAAGUCUGGUAAGUACUGAAAUGUUUAUUAGGGCCAUUCCAUUUCAGAACUGCUUAGAUGGUGAAAUUUAAAAUAUCUCAUAUCUAGCCCAAUGAUGGAAUGAAGAGACCCUAAAUUGUUUUAAAAAUAGUAAUCUGAAAGUUGACUUUGCGGGAAUGGCAGAGAGAGGCUGUUUAUUUUUGUCCAAUGAAAAGUGUGUGAAAAUAGCUGGCAUGCUGUAAGAUUUAAAAUGAUUUUAGUAAGACAUUUAUUCUCAAAAUCUUACCAGGUGAACUAAACUAAUUGAACUUAACGCAAAGGUGAAUUUUCUGGUAAGAUUUUUUCCGAAAUAGGCGUACUUUGUAAAUGAGAGCAAGUAACAAUUUUGUUAGGGACAGAACGUAAUGUCCGUAACAAAAACAAUCUUUUUUUUUUCAUUUUCUCUGAAAAUAAACACCAGUUUGGCCCUUUUUUUUAGUUUUUAGGGGCCCAAACUGAAGUGCUGUAAAUUAUCAAAAUCCUGGAAAAACACCGGAAAAAUGAAGCCUACUUUAUGUUACGGACAUUACAUUAUGGACAUGAUGUUACAGAAAUUACAUUAUCGACAUUAUGAUUAAAUGACUUUUAUUAUAGUAAUUCUUUUGGAAGAAAUAAAUGCUACAUGCAAACCAAUUUUGUCAAAAUUUAUCACAUCUAAGUUAACAGUGCUUUUAACUGAACACUAAUAACAAUAACAACAACUGUACAUUAACAGUUGCAACACCUUGGUGACAUGAGUGCUUUUAGAGCAUGCAAUCAUUGUAAUUAGCUGUUGUUGCCUUUUUUAGUUCACAGAAAACUCAGCAUUUUAUUCAUUUAAUCAGUUCAACAACAAAUGACCGCAAAAAAAAUGAAUUUAUGUAAUUUUUCCUUGAUUUAACAGAAGACACAAAUGACCUUUAUAAAGCAGUGAUCAUAUCUUACAAAAGUGGUAAAUCUCUAAAAGACAUGCCUGUAAGAGGAAAGCUAUUAUUUGAAGGCUUUGAUAUUGUGACACAAUCUCAAAAAGCACAUUGGAAGUCUGUGCAGGCCUAUUUUUGACUUCCUUUUUACUUAACAGUAAUACACUUGUAAUUGCUCUAAGGGAAAUGAUAACUGCAACAGUGUUACUAUGAAAACAGUGAACACCUACAUGUAAGUAUAAAAGACAUUGAAAGGUUUUGUGCAGUGAUCAAUUCAACCCCUAGUUGAGCCAUAGGAGAAAGGCUGCACAAAACUAAUUUUGUUAAGGUUUACAGUCUCUUCAUCUUCCAUGUGACUGGUGUUCUUUCCAACAAAUAGCUGCUAAAAGUUUCUAUUGUUUCACUGUCAAAUAGCAUUACAAUGCAAUAACAGCCAUUGUCUUACAUAGUGGAUGUCUAGGAAAUAACAGAUUUCUAGUGCCUUCAGUUACUGCAUGUUACUAGAUUAUUACUAAAAUAUGACUGACAUUAGAAAGCAGAGGUGAAUUUGUGUCACUACAUUCUAUCACUAAAUGUUAACAGUACAUGACUCCUUCGGCCCCUACUACCCAUGAAAACUGUAACCAAACUCAUUCCAACAACCAUAAUUGCAAGCGAGAGUUACCCACUUUCGCUCGCGAUUAUAGGCUAGUACAAAAUGCUUCUCCUGCUCACAAGUACCUCUGUCUUAAAGCCUUUACGGUUCCCCCCAAAUGUUUUGUUAAGCUUCCCCGCAACUUCACUCCUAGGGAGGCCAGAGAACUUCGAAAAAUCACGGAGGAGACGAUUUCUAUUAGUGUAUUUAAUCAUAUUUUUCUCCACUAAUACUCCAAAUGUUGAAGGUGCCCCUUGCACGGACUUCAUUAAAAUCUCAAACAUCUCUUGAGGGAGGUCACGCUUUACCUGUAUGGUCCAGGGAUUUGAAGCCUUCGGGUUUGCGGACAUUCGCCUUCUUAUCCUAUUUAGCCACAUCAGAACUUCUGAUGUGAUCAUGGGCCAAGCUGGGAUGGAAGACAUUAGAGCGUUGUCCUUACCAUGGACUCCAUCUUCGUGCCGGUGGUAGACAUUCGUUAGCAACUGACGGGCUGCCUCCUUAAAAUCCGAAAAAUUCGACAUGGAAGGCCGUAGAACAUUAAAUUUACUCAUCGACCUCUCCAACACAUCCGCGAAACUAACUUCUAAGCCUUCAUCUUCUUCGAUUUCCACACUUUCCACAGAAACUUGUUCGAUAAUUUGUUCGCGAGAGAAGCGUUCUCUUCUAGCCGCCCUUUUGUUUUGGGAAAGUCCGCUGAUUUGACCGCGGUAGCCAAGUGCGGACUUUUUCGAGAAGGCUGACCCGGCGUGCAUAACUUUCCAAAAUAGUGUCAACUGGCUUAUUAAGAUUCAAUGAAUAGUACUCUGACAAUGAUUUCAGUACAAUCCAAGUUCAUUCAUUAAAGCAAUGUUUAACUUAACUUUUAGUUUGAGUAGUUAUUUGAAAACAUUUUCUUUUUGAAAAUAUUUAAACAGCCUCUCAACAUAUGAAAGACUUGGAACAUUGAAAGGUCUAGUGCCUUUUAGCUCUAUGGAGCCAUAGAAGACUCUUCUCUGUGGACAAUAUCAAUAUUGCUCCUCAGAGGCCUGUUAAAUGUUUCCACAACUUGGCAAAGAAAUUUGUUUUCAACCCCAUUAUCAGUAACCCUAUGGGCUCUUCCAAUGGAAAACUUGGUCUCAUACUAGAAAUCUAAUCUGCACUGUAUCUCAGAGAGCAAGAACCAAAAGACAGCUGACACACUAGUUAGAGCCUCCUCAAUAAAAUUGAUUUGUAAGGAGCAUACACUAUAUGGGAUACUCCACAGACCACAAUCACAUGUACACACAAACUGUAGUAUUUCUGUUAUGGUUAUCAGCACAACCAGAAAAGAGAAUUAACUUGUAAUUGAACCUGAUUAAGAAUACAUUUAUCACUUCUGACAAAUCUAUUAUCAAAUGUUCAUGAAUUAACAAAAACAUUCCCUUAUUCGUACCGGUGUCAAAAGAAGUUUCACAGUGCAAUGUCCGUGACAAAAAUUUGGUAAUGUCCGUAACUGCAAGUUUUUACCUCGAGCUCAAAAUCUAACUACAGAAUAAGGGAUACAACUAGAUUUUAAAGAUCCUUGAAGCAGCUUUGUUCUUAUUGUUAUUAUAUGAUAUUUGUCUGAAUAGUCAAUUCACAGGAAAAUAAGUGUCAAGUGAACACAUUAAAUUGUAGGUUGACUUUUUUUAUAAUGUCCGUGACAGAGUUUCAAACAAAAAUAUUGGCAGCCUCUGUUAAAGAAAAGAAAGUUUCUUCUCUGCUGAUAGUGAAUUAAACUGUGGGUGAUGUUUGAACAAAUUAUAAAUUAAAAACUGCGCAAAAUAAGUUUGUUUAGAGAAUUAGUUUCGAAAAAAUUGGAAAACAAAAUUUAUUUAAGGGAGGGAAUAUUGCUGUUUAAAAUAAGAGACCGACUUUACUUAUAAGAUACUUCACAUAUAAAACAUACCUUAUCAAUUUGGGUACGAAACAACCCAACUGACUGGGUACGAAACGACUCGUAACUUCGGGUAAAAGUAGACAACGAGUACUCCGUCCUUUAUCGGCGAAGUAAAAAAAAUCAGCGGAAAUAAAAGUGACCCAGGAAGUGAUGGGUAGAGACGCUACUUUUCGUAUGCCUCACACCCAGAGGUCCGCACGGCCCUCUUAAUCCAGGUCAAAGUAACUGUCUUGAAAUUGUAGGGUACCUUGUUUACUCGAUUGAUCACCGCAGCGUUUAUAACGUUUUUGUUGAUUUUGAGGAGGCCUUUGUUGGUAUAGUUCAUUUAAUUCACCCCGUCAUUUCAUUAUCCAUUAUUUCCAUUUCUGUUAGCUUUUGGGAAAAUCGGCUGACCGACACUUAAAGCUUGAGCAUAUUCUAUUCUUGUGUGCACGUGUGAGGUCUCGAUGGAGUUUAUCUGACAGCAAAGAAGUAGUCACAGUUGUAUACUGUCCGCUAAAUCGCAGCGUAUGUAUUAUCAAUAAGUGUGAUAUAAGAUCAGCAAAAUUUACUGGUGGACCAAAAAUGGGCCGAGACCAAAACUGCGUGCUUAAGAUUUGCACACGUUGCGGAUAUGAGCCGGUCAGAUGUGAAUACUCUACAAGGGCGGGAAUCCUUUCGGUAGUAGACCAUGAAGACAAAACGUGACCUACUUUAAAUAAAAGUCUAAUACGAUGUCAGUUCAGUGGCAUCGACAUUUUACCCCUUCACAAUUGAUCUUCUGAGUUAAAACUUCUGGUUACAUUGCAUAUUGUGAAUAUUACCGAAUCAUAUGGUGGUUGAUAUUUUAUUUUCUUAUAAAUGUUGAAUAAAUGUCGUACUUUUCCAAGUGGCUGUUGUAUUUGUUAUCUAAUCCUUUUUUUGUCUCCCUAGAGCCACUGUUUGUGCUGAUCGAAUAUGUUCCUUUUGGGGAUCUGCUGGGUUACCUGAGAAAGAGCCGUGGAUUGAAUGAUACGUACUACAAAGACCCGGAGAUUAAACCACAAACAAAUUUGACCUCAAAGCAGCUGAUUAAGUUUGCUUGGCAAAUCGCUGAUGGAAUGUCCUAUUUGUCAUCGACAUCAGUGAGUGGUGUAAUAAUUCUUUGAAUGACGUUCUUGCUUUGUUACUCAAUUUACCUCACUUUUCAUUGAAUCAUGGACUCAUUGCCCAGGAUGUCAUCUCAUGUCAGCUGAGUCACCCUCAAGUCUCUCGUUUCGUUAAAGGGUAUUUUCCAAAAGAAACAUUUUCUCUUUGUGUAAGGUUAUUCAUAGAGAUCUUGCAGUUCGUAAUGUAUUGGUUGGAGAGGAGGAGACGUGCAAAGUGACGGACUUUGGAAUGGCCAGAGAUGUACAGGAGGACAAUAUUUACGAAAGAAAAACCAGGGUAGGAAUGAUUUAAAGAAAACAUAUGAUGUUCUUGUAAGCCUGAAGAUGCUUCACUGGAGUGACUGCUCAAAGAAAACAGGCUCAGUAAAUCCUGUUCCGUUUUCAGGAACUUUCGUUGCAGUAGUGUCGCCAUAGGGAUCAUUCGUACUUUUUAGGGACUACGCCAACUCCUUGCAUUUCCGCUUCUUACUCAGGGGCGUCUCCCUGUCAAAUGGACUGCCAUUGAGGCGUUGCUCUACGGAAAAUAUUCUACCAAGAGUGAUGUGUGAGUACAAGGAAGACAUAAACACUGCAGUAAGGCUUAAUGAGAAUGGUUUUGUAUGAAGUGUUUUAAGGUCAGCAAAAGGUUAUUUGAUUACUUUUGUAUCUUGGUCUUUUUAUUUUGCUGGUGUGAGGUCAUCUUAGUAAGGGAUGGUUAUCCUCAUUUUUAGGGGUAGUGACCGGGGAUCAACUCUUAUGACCUGCUGACUGUGCAUGUGUCCCUCCCACACUCCAUCCUCCCUUCCCUUUACUACUGAAGAUGUUUUAAUUACUUUUUUUACAGGGAAGAAAUGUUUUGCUUCCUUAACUUUAUCCCGUUCGUUUUAUAGGUGGAGCUACGGUGUUCUCCUCUAUGAGAUUUUCACGAUUGGUAAGUUACUAAGAUUACCUGUCCAGUAAUUUUAGCCUCAGCAAUUGAGGGAACAGGAAGUCAUGAAGUAAGCAGGGUGUACCAGUCCCUGUAGAAGUGGUUUUUGGUCUUACCAAGCCAGCUUAGAUUGCCACAGUCGCUGGCCUUAGCGGGAAAAAAAUUCAAUUUUUUCCGGCUAAGUAGUAUAAAUGGAAAUACAUCUGUAGAGCUUUUCAUUUUAGCGUAUGUUAACAUUACCUGCUCUAUCCAGGUGGCUCACCGUAUCCAAGGAUGGAUGGAAGAAAAAUUGCAAACUUGCUUCAAGAGGGAUACAGAAUGCCUAAACCACAACAUGUGGAUGAUAAGUUGUAUGUUAAUAUCGUGUUAUUGUUUUCGUGAUGGCUUUUAUCCUACAGUAGUAUUUGUCCUGCUUUUUGUUUGAGUUGCAUGUGGGCCUCGAGAUUAAAUCAUCUUUACUUGCUGGACCAGCCUAACGAAGGGAAAUGAAGGAGGAAGUACACCAUUACGAGUUGAUCUCUGUUGCAUAAAUCUUUUGUCCUUUUUUAUAAAAUGAUGGGAUUUUUUAACUAAAAAGCUUGUUCAUUAAGGAUAGGUCGAAUUGUUUCGUAUUAAACUUUUUUUUGACGUCCUUUUAGGUAUGACAUAAUGACAAAAUGUUGGAAAGACGACCCUAACUUGAGGCCAUCUUUUAAAAAUUUGAGGAACGAACUCAAAGAAAUGGAAAACCAACACAAGGUAGAAUUGUAGAGUUUACAAAGAGACACUCUGUUUGUUUUUUUUCUUCUCAAAGUUUGAUUGUUGGAAUCUGCUACCAUCAACUUAACUUGAUAACGGCGUAACCAUGAAGGUUUCGAAGCAUAGUUUAUGGUUUUAAUCUAUUUCGCUUUUGGAGCAGUUUUCAAUUGAGUUUCGAAAGUGGAAAUCGAAACUGAAAACAAACUAAUCCCAGCUUGGUCACACACGUUUUUCCGCGCUUCUAGGGGAUUGCCUGAUUCCACUUUGGGUUCUUAUUGGUUAAUGUUGAUGUUAACCUUUGUUCUGAUUGAUAGAUAUGAAUACUUUGGGUUUAGUCUUUCUAGGAUUAGGGUUAUUUGGUUUUUCGACAAUCAAUUUAAAACUUCUAUAUCUAAAAUUAAUUGUAUCAGCCAUGUACUCUCUUUCUAGGUUAAGAAAUAAACACUUAUCCUCGAAAGCUUAACAAAUGAUGGUAUAAUUUAUACCCAUUUUUCGUAUUUCUCUUGUUUCUUAUUUUCACAGAGGCUGAUAAACUUAAAAAAUUAUGAUGAUCGACUCUACGUUAAUGUUGACGAUCUCGCCGUGUGA